GUUCUUUGACAGGACCUUGCAAAGAAAUUUGGUACUUGCGACGAGGUGCUCAAGGAAUUCGGUUUAGUUAGUGACGACUUGCAAAGACAACUUGAAUUGAAGGAUGGCGAUUAUGAGGAAAUAGUGAAAGAAACUGCAGCUGUAAAACGGGAGUACGAAGAGCGCAAGCGACGGCUGUAUUUACACAGUCAAAUGCUGAAGGACUAUCAUCACACACUCGUGCGGUUUAAGACAGUGGUAGGGGACGUUGAAAGUUGGGUUAAGGAAUCGACUCAAGACACCUCGAAGACAUUGCCUGUAGAAAGAAACAGAGCGAGAGAAGAACUUCUAAAAAUCGACGACUCUCUUGACGAGCUCGGACAGAAACGCUUGCAGUUGUUGGGUGCAGAUGAAAGCAGAAUUUGGCUUGCCAGAACUUCCGAUGACGAAGCUGUCAAAAAUGUCCUAAGAGAGGAUAUUGAAAGGCUCACAGGACUUUUUGAUGAGAAAGAGGGUAACUUGAGGGAACAGAAAACGAAAUUGGAAAGAUCAGUCUUGUCGCCAGAAAACACCACUGAUGUGUACGAUAAUUUCGUUGAUAUCAUGUCUCCACUAGAGUUGAAAUUGCAGAGAGAAAAAACUGUGGUAGUGAACCGACAACGCCUUAAUGAAGACACGGAAUUCUGCAAGAUGAACGCUCGAGAUCUGCAGUCGAUGAAACCAGUUUAUGAGCAAACAAAAGCGAUCCUUGAUGGCAAGCUGCAGGAAAGCAUGUGCGACGAUGAGAAGGAGCAGAUCGAGCGUCAAAUAGACGACCUUCGCGAUCGAUGGGACGCAAUGGAGGAGAGCAUUAAGAAGUAUGAUGAUUUUAGUGCGCAGUUAGUCCCAAAGGUCGAGGAAUACGAAGGGAAAGAACGAAGGCUUGAAAACUGGUUAAAAGAAACGGAAAACAAGCUGGAUGAUAUUCCACAAAGCGCACAACUCACUUUGAAGGAGCGUGAAACCCAAAUCAAGAAUGUUCUUCGUGAUCUCGUGGCAAAGCAAGACGAAUUGGACAGUGUGAAUAAAUGUUUUGAAGAUAUCAAAUCAAUUUGCGAAGAUUUCCCUGAUGAAGUAGAUGGAAAUAUACAGCUGAGCCACGGUAAUGAUGAAGUGAACCAAAAGUACGCUGAUUUGAAGAAGCAAGUAGAAAAUAUGAGCGAGAAUUUGCAAGAUGAUAAAAAGAUACAUCAAGAUUAUACGAACCAUCAGGAGAAAGUAGAGGAAGUGUUGUUGCAGGUUGAAAGCGUUUAUGAGCAGAAUAGUCCCAUUGAAUUUGAUGUUGAUGAAACAGAAAAUGAGUUGAAUCGCAUUAAGGAUAUCGAAGAUCGUCUUGAAGAAGUCACUCGAGCAUCGAAUGAAUUUGAAGUGGAGCUCGAAAGCUUUGAGAACGAGGUUAUUGAAAGAAAAUCAAAAGAACUGGCGACGAAACUGGACGAAUCCGCUCGUGUUAUUUGUAUCGCAAAGUCGGAGCAAGAGAAAAAAUCGAAAGUUCAGAAAAGUUUUCUAUCCACUAUUGAAAACAUCGAGAAAUCAACUUCGACAAUCACCAAUAAAUUCGCAUCAAUAGGGCCUGCCAAAACGACAUCACAUGAAAUCAAGGAUCAAAUUGGCAUCCUUGAAGAAAUUGAAGAAGAAUUGACCAGCAUUAAACCUAAGAUUCAAUACACUGAAGGCCUUGAGGAUUGGAUGAUUUCCAAAAACGGAAACGUGACCGAAGACCAUGAAAUUGCAAAUGAAAAGAUUCGCAGCAGAGUGUCUGCAGUUUUGCAUCCAUUUAAAGUCGUAGCCGAGAAAAUUGAAGGGAAAAAAGCUGAACUGAAUGAUGCUCUUGUUCGUCAACUUGAUUUGAGCCAAACCUGUACGUUGCUUUUCGAGAAGCUGAAUGAGCUGGAGACACGUGCUAGUUUGAUUGGACCUUUGUCGAUGAAAUACUCUGUACUGCGUCAGCAAGUUGAUGCAUUUGACUCGCUGAAAAAAGAGGUCUCUCAGACAGGGCGUCUUUGUUCGAUGGCUGCAGAUGAUUUCCAAAGGUCGUAUGGCGCGAUGUCACCGGAGCAGAGAAGAGAGGUGGAAGAGAACAUAAACGAAGUGACUAAAAGAAAGAAGAGCUUGGAGGCUUUUAUAAAUGAGAAGAAGAAUGAUAUCGAUUCGCUGCAGCCAGUGGCCAAGUCCUUAGAUGCCGCAAUACUUGUUGUCGAGCCGAACCUUGAGAAACUCGGUGCUGCCAGUGCACAGUUGGAUACUCCAACUGAUCUUAUGAGUUGUGCAAAGCAAAAGAUUGCGAUAGAAGAACUCAAGGAAGAAAUCACUGAAUUAAAAUCGCCGGUGAAACAUUUGAAAGAGUUAAGCAUCAAGGCCGAAGAUGUGACGUCAAAGAUUAAGGAGAUAAAGGACAAGGAAGUUAUUCAGGAGAAAUGUAAAAACCUCGAAAACAAAUUUGAAAUAGUGGAUGAAGUCGUUGAGAAUCGGCAUGAUCAAGUCUCUAAGUUGCAUGCAGCGUUUGAAAAGUUUGAUAAUAAAAUGAGACAUGCAGAUCAAGACAUUUCUGCGUAUGAAGCGUCAUGGGAUAGCUGUGAGCCGUUCGGUUUGGUAUUAGAUGAAGGGAAUCGAAGUAGGAAGAAAAUUGAAGAUGUUUUGGAUCAAAUCAAAGUCACAGAGGAAAAAUUAAACUCGUGUGAAGAAGUUUCAAAUGAAAUUGCAGCAGAAAUUGGAAAAGAUGACGCCAAGUCUGUAACAUCGACAGUUUUACACAGGAAGAAGCGGUUAGAAGAGGUUAAGAAAACAAUUGAAAGCAAAAAGGAAGAUGUGAGCUCAGAAAUAUUAGAUCUCGGGGAAUUCUUGAAGGAUUCAAGUGAGCUGGAACAAUGGUGUAAUCAUUUUAAAGUGAAAGGCAAAGAAGUGGACGCUGUCGCCCAAGAGGCAGAGAGCGUGCCAAUACAGCUACAGCAAGUCGAGGCCCUGCUUGACGAAAUCGAACACCGAGAGUCUGAUGUGGAUAGACUGGCUAGUAGCGCGGAAAAGGUCGUUUCAAACAAUCCCGAGUCGGUGCUUGUACGAUCUGAAGUUAGCGAACAAGUUGGCCAGAUCUCAAAGGACGUUGAUGCGAUGAAGUUGCGCCUCAGGAAGAGAAGAGAUCAGCUGAGAAGGCGAUCGAUGGAACAAGAAUGCCUUGAUGACGUCAUUGAAGAAUUUUCAAGUCAACUAGAGAAGAUUGAGGCCAGGCAAAAACAGGAAAAGCCGGUUUCUGCUUUGUUUGAUGUUUUGGAAAAACAGCGCAAAACGUGCGAAUACAUCGUUGAUGAUGUGCAGGAAUUGAAAGAUGAUUACAGAAACAUCGAAAGGAAGAUAAAAGAAUCAAUGGACGAAGAAGAUCAGAAGCAAAAAGUUGAUGAAAUUUUUGGAAAGUUCGAAAAGAUUGGUGUCCGGUUUGAUGAUAUCAAGAAGGCAGAAAAAGAAAGGCGUGAAAAAAUAAAGCAAGUAGAAAAACCGUCUGCAGUUUAUUUUAAACAUGCAAAUGAAUUCAGGAAAUGGUUGACUGAUGUUGAAAAUAGGAUUCAACAUGAAAGUGACAGCAGGCAGAAAGGCGUCGAGACAUUGGCAGAGCCGAGGAAGACAGUAGGCAGCUUUCAGUCAAUUCAGAAAGAAAUAGACGAGCAAGAAGCAAACUUGGAUGCGAUCGUUUCAAUGCACAAUGAACUGCUUGAUGUAGGAGAGCGUGAUGGAAGUGACGUGGCCGAUGAAGUGACGGCUGUGAAGGAGAGAUAUGAUAAGCUGAAAAAGACUGUGACCAACAAAUUGAACAACAGUUUGAAGGUCAAUGAAGCCUUUGAUGAGGUGAAAAAGAUCCAGGCCAAGCAGGCAAAGAUUUGUGGAGAUGUAGGGAGAGUGCUUGAUUUUAUGGAGCCAGUUGGAAAUGAUAGAGAGAAAACAGAGGCACAGGAGGAGACAAUUAAUGCUUUGAUCAAAGAGGUUGAAAACGACGGCUGGAACUUAGAUUACUUGGAUGACGUAAUUGGAAACAGUGAAAUUCCUGAUGAUGUCAAGAAAGAUGCAUUAAGGGUGAAAGAGAGGCAGGUCAAAGUCAAAGAAGGGUUGUAUCGCAAGAAGGAGGAGCUAGAGAAAGCGAAAAACAGAAUUGUGGAAUUUGAUGAAAUCAGGGACGGUCUAAUAAAAUGGACUGAAUCAACAAGAACUGAUCCUUUGUUUACAGAGCCGAUAGCCAACAAUUUGGAAAAACUGAAGCAGCAGUUAAGACACGUUGAGACGCUUGAGGAUGCCCAUCAGUGCCAUACGAAUGAUCUUGAAAAGGCAAAUGAGCUGGCUGAUUUGAUGGUUGUCAAUAGCAACAGCGAUGUCAUUACUGCUAAUGACACUGAACUGCGGUUGCAGCAGAUUAAAGUGCCAAUGGAAGAUGUGCUCCAGAAACUUCAUGUGCGAAAGAACCAAAUUCAGGAUGCUUUGUUGCGACUGCAAACUGUGCCUGACACAGUGGAUGAUUUUUAUGAUCGCCUCUCUGAGUUCCAGGAGAGCUUGAAUAAGGAAGGACCUAUUUCAGCCAAUACCUCCAUUUUAAUAGAGCAGAAUAAAGAUCAUAAGAAACUUUACGAAGAUAUCACAGGAGAGGAACCGCUGCUUGCAAGGCUUGUGGAAAGGGUUAGUGCUUCCAUUGCCAGCUCUGUACCUGAAGAAGAAUCUGAUAAGCUCAAAGAUAAAGUAAGUGAAUUGAAAACAAAAUUCACUGAAGUCAGUGAAAAAGCUCGAGAAAGAAACGAGAGGCUUAAUAAGGCAACAGUCUUAUCAAAAGCCUACCUUGAAAGGUCUGAUGAAUUUAAGACCUGGUUGCAAGAGCGUGAAAGUAAAUUGUUUAAUUCGGACAUGGACAAUUUGCCACUUAACAAAGAUGAGAUGACGCAAACCAUCAAGGACAUCAAGCAUGCAGUCAAAGAUAUAGAGGAGAUGCGACCAAAACUUGAAAAACUGGAGGAUCUAUCAGCUUCUUUAUCCAAACAUUGCGACGUUGGCCAGGAAACAAUGGAAAGUGAGUUAGCUGACAUCACAGAUAGAUUCGAGGCGUUAGAAGCUAAAGCCAAAGAGAGACUAGAUAAAUUGGAACGAGUAAGAGAACUUGAGGACUUGUUGAGAGAGAAAACGGAAUUGAUGGAAGAGUUCCUUGAGAAAUGUGAUGCAACGCUAAACGUAGAGGUGUAUUACGGUACAAAUGAGGAAAAGAUUGGAACAGAAGUGAAGAAAAUUGAGACAUUGCUGGAGGAGUAUGAAGAAAUGCAAGAAGACUUAGAAAAAGCUGAUGCACUUGACUCAGAAAUCAUUAAAUCUGUAGACCAGAAGACUUUGCGUUCUGCUAAAAGCAAAAUUUCUGAGAUGAAAGAAAAAAGUGAUUCAAGAAGGAAAGAUUUAGUAAAUGCAAAGGCGAAAAUGACAAAGUUUUCCGAAUUGGUGCAGAAAUACGAUGUAGAGUCUAAAGAGAUAUCCAACUGGAUUGAAGGUGUUGAAAAAGAUCUGGACGCUAAGGAGCCGGUUCGAAAAGACACUAGUUCUAUUAAGGAGGAGCUCGCCAAGUUGCAGAAACUUCAAGAUGAAGCUACUACAAAGAAAGUUUUAAUAGAGGACCUUGCCAAAACAGGGGAACGUAUUCAGGACUGCCUGGGCAACGAACCGAGUCUGAAAUCAGAAUUACUCGUGAAAACGGAGGACAUUGAGAAGAGUCACAGCAACCUUCUUACGGCAAUCAAUCUUCGCAGGAGUCGACUUCAGAAGUUCUUGUUAAAUGCACAGGACUUCGACAAGACCUUUCAAGAUUUUCUCGGCGCAGUUGAUGAUUUGGAAAAGAGGCUAGCCAAUGAGAAACCGUUAGAUGCUAGGUUUGAAGAGCUCAGACUCGUCAAGCAAGAACAUCAAAUAAUCGACCGAGAUGUUAGGCAACAGCACCCCGUUUUCGAACGUGUUAUGCGCAAUGGGCGCGAAAGGGCAGAACAAUUUGGGCCUGGCGAACAACGAAAUUCACUCAAUGCAGAACUAAACGAGGCGGAAAAAAGAUGGUCUGAUGUGAGAAGAGCGAAUGAUGUGAAAUGCAAGGACAUUGAUGCACUGCACAGCCACAGUAAAAAGUAUAGUGACGAAGCAGUAACAUUUAGCAUUUGGUUGGAGAAAGUAGAGAAGAAGAAAGAUGAGUUGGAAGAUCAGCCAAUAGAUUGCAACGAAAGCGAUUUGAAGGCGCAAAGGGAUGAGACAGAGGAGCUGAAAAAAGAAAUCGAAUCGCACAAACUCAAUUUCGAAAACAUCACACGGUUAAGCGAGCCUCUUUUUGAAGAAUGCAAGAAUCUAAAUGUUGAAAAUGGUGUCGACGAAGUUUCAGAACAGAAGACGAUUUUAACAAGAUUGAAUGGCCUACGUGUGUUUGUGGAACAGAAAGACGCUGCGAUAGAGCAAGUGCAAAACACGGUCGAAAAUGUGGUAAAAGAAUUAAAGCCAGUUCAAGGAUUGAUCAAUGAUGUUGAGAAAUUUGUUUCGAGCCCAAUUCGCUUUGGUGAUAAUGUCAAAAAGGGUGAAGAGUUCUUAGCAAAAAGUGAGGAAUUUGGAAAGCUUUUGGAGGAUAAUAAACAAAUUGUGUUAAAGUUGCUAGAAAGUAUUCCGGAGUCUUCUAAAACAAAUGAUCUAAAGGAGAAAACUGAAGAAAUUCUUGAAGAGAUACGGGAUGUUGAACGAAAGAUUGAGGAUCGAAAGAGCGAAACAGGGGUUUACUUGGAUACAGCUGAAAGUUUCAAUCAGUCUUUGAGCGAGCUCGAGUCUUGGAAUGCAGAGGCACGUGACAUCAAAGAGCCCUCUAUGCUGACAAAAGACUCUGUCAAGGAACAACUGGACAAGCUCAAGAUUAUGGAGAGUGAAGUAUCAGAGCUGAAACCUGCGAUGGAGGCUGCUCAAAGGACUGCGAAGCAGCUUUUGGAGCAAAACAGGGGGAAUCCUGUCGCAUGCACAAAGAUAGAAACUCGCCUUGAUGCUGCACGUGUACCUCUGUCGAAUGCAAUGUCGUCGAUUGAGGAGAGGCAGAAAAAACUUGAAAGAAUUAACAAAGCGAUUGACAAGUAUGAAGAGGAGAAAUUGGUGAUUGAAGAGCUGCUAGUGGAGACUAAAUCUGCGAUUGACGAAGUUGAGCCAUUUGGUACUGAUUUAGAGAAGGGAGAGGAACAAGUUAAAAUUAUGGAGGAAAUUGUGGAUAAACUGCAAAAGAAAAAGCCUGAGGUCCGAUCUCUAAACCGAGCCGGACAGAGUUUGAUACGACAGCUGUCUGACGCUGAGGAUAUCGAAGCCGAGUUGGACAAAGUUGGAGACGAUUAUUACGAUACAGUAGAUGCUGCAAAAGAGAAGUUUAAGGAAACGAAGGAACAGCUGAAAAAAGCGAAGGAGUUCGUUGAAAUAAUCGAGAUAAUUGAAGUGUGGGUAAUCGAAAUUUUUGAAAUUUUGGAGAAUGUUGAGCAUGGUAGCUCAGAGCCUGAUGAUGUUAAGCAGAGACUGAAGCAGAUUGAAGAUGCUCAAAAAGACAUUGUGAAACACAGCUUGAAAUUCAAGAUACUUGAAGAAAUCCUGGAAUAUUUCUUUGAAGUUUACAGUGAAGAGACGACAGUGAUCACACAGCCAAAAGAAAGGUUCGGAAAAGUUAAGGACUCGAUUGAAAAACUGACUGAGUCUCUCGAGAAACGUAAAGUAGAUUUGCAGACCUCGCUUACGUCAGCAAAGGAAAUGCAGGAUGAGUCCGAUGAGCUGAUUCGAUGGCUGUCCAAAAUGGAGACGGUCCUUACUGAACAAAGUCCGGUUUCUGCCGAUAAAGAGCAGUGUAAACGGCAAAGAACGGAGCAUGCGUUUGUUCAUGAUGAGAUUACACGAAAUGUUCCACGAUUUGAUAAGCUGAAUGCUAUUGGCGAAAGUACACUUGCUAAUAUGGAGCCUGGUGACGCUAAGGAGAAGCUCGCAGAUAAGUUUGAACAGAUAAAAUCGCGAUGGAGAGAACUAAAGGAGAAGUCAACAGAUAGAAAGGGUGUUCUUGAAGAGAUUGUACCGCAUUCUGACGCAUACGUUAUCGCGAAGCAGAAGCUGUUGCCAUGGUUAUCAGAAACAGAAAAGAAAGUGCAGCAACUUGAUGUGAUUUUUGUGGACAAACCAAAAGUUGAAGUACAGCAAAAGCUCGUUUCAGAUCUCGCUGAAGAAUUUGAGGAAUACAAGAAUUGCUUUGCAGAUAUAAAUGACAGCUCCAAUGUACUUUUAAUGAAUUGCGACCGCGACAUUGCACCGCUUAAGUCAGAAGUCGAUAAUGUGAAGAGGCAAUGGACACUUCUUAAUGAAACUGUUUCAACAGCAUCCAAAAAGAUCCCGAAGGUCAUGGAAGGGAUAAAUAAAUUUGAAAGCACGGUAGCCCCACUCGAGGAAUUAUUCAAGAAGGUUCAGUUGGGUCUGGAUAACCUAGAACCUUUUGCAGACAAUGUACAAAAAGGCGAAGGUCAGGUUCAAGAGCUGAAGAUCUUGCUUGAAGAUUUACUGGCAGAAGAGAAGAAUCUUGGGAAAAUGGACGAAGCGGGAGAAGAAUUGACAAGGAUUGAAGACAAACCUGAUAACCUAACCAUAGUUCGUCAAAGAAAGGACAAUAUUACAAGAACAUACGAUUCAUUGAUUCGCAUUUUAGAGGAAAAGUUGAAAACCGAAAAGGUCGUUCAAAACGGCAAAAAGUUUUUCCAAUUGGAAAAUGAUGUAGCGGAAAAGACAAAAGCCUUAAAGAAGAGAACGGUUAAACAGGAAACGGUUGCUGUGGACCCAAAGAAGGUCAAAGAGCAGUUGUUAGAGGUUGAAGUGUGGCUUGUAGAAGCACAAACUGUCAAUACGAUGUGCAGCGAGGCCGAGCUGUAUGCAAACGAUAUAAUCCUGUUCAAUAAGCAAGAUGAAGAUGUGGAAGAAAAAAUCAAGGAGCAGAUCAAGGCUAUUAAGCUUCCUGUUUUGGAAGUCAUUGGAGAUUUAGAGGACAGGGAAAAGAAACUGAAAGAUCGUCUGCAAGAAUGUGGAGCCUUCCAAGACCAGUUUGAUGAUUUCGAAAGACGAUUGAAGAACAUUGACGAACGAAUUGAACAACAGAAGCAGAAGCCGCUGUCUUCAAACCCAGCCAGAAUAACAAUGACGAUCGGAGAAAUUGAUAGUAUAGGCAAAGAUUUCAUGGAGGAGCUUCAGUUGUACCGUAUCGUUCAAAAAUCUGGAAAACAGGUUUUAGACACUUUAGAUACGGAAAGUGAGUGGAAACAGUUGAAGGGACAUCUUGAUGAAACUACUAAACUUUGGGACGCUAUUGACAAGAAAAUUGAUACAGAAAAGGACCAUGUAACCAAAGUGAAAGAGCUGUCUGUUGAGUUUUUUAACAAGAAGAAUGAUGUUUUGAAAUGGCUCGAUGAAAAUGAAAAGCGAUUCAUGACUCUAGAACCAGAAUCUUGUGAAUGGGAGAAACUCUCUAAGCAACAAAAAGAGAUAAAUUCAGUGCAGUCAGAUAUUGAUCACCAUAAAACAUAUAUGGAACGCCUGGAAACAUUGAUUGACGAGCUGGAGGAUGCUUGUGGUGAAGAUGUGGAAGAGCUGCACGAGAUAUCAGGUGACAUUAAAGAGAAGUGGAAGAGGGCUGAGUCGUUAUUGCUCAAUAGAAAAGAGACCAUUGCGGCAAUGCAGGAUAAAAUGCGAAGAUUUGGCGACUUGAAGAGGCCUGUAGAAGACACAUUAAAGAAAAUAAAAGCUAAGCUAGGUGAUUUGAGUUUCACUGGGGCUGAUGAAGGCAGAAUAAGACAGGUUUCAGAAGAUGUGAGUAAGAUUCAGAAGCAGGCUGAUGACCUUGAACCGAGACUAGAUCUAUUGGAUAACAUGGCGUCUGAAAUACAAGAAGAACACAUAUCAUCAGACUGCAAACCACUGAGAGAUGAGGUUGCUGAAUUGAAGGAAGGUUUUGAUGAGCUUUUCAAUGCUGUGUCUUCAAAGGCAGAGAGCAUCAGUGGGGUUAUCGCCGACCUUGAUAGUCUCACAGAUACUGCAACAAGCACUGAGACGAAAAUACAUUCUAUGGUAGAGAUGUUUGAGAAAAACAAGCCACUAAAAUUAGACUUGCAAGAACUUGAAGCCAGCGCAGUUUCUCUGCGGGAUGUCGAGUCUGAGCUAAAAACAGUGAAGCCCAUUGUCGACGAACUGACUUACAAAGGAAGGCAGCUGACGGAGAAAGGCUUCGGAUUUGAAGAAUUCAACGCAAAACUUACAUCUUUGGAAAGUCAGUACCAGGAGUUGAGCAAAAGGACUCCGAAGAAGUUGAGCGAUGUUGCUGAACUUAUAAAUAGACUUAAUGAGUUCUACAAUGAACACGAGGAAGCAGAAAAGGGAAUAGCAGCUGUUGAGAGGACCCUUGAGGAACAGAGUGCAGUUGGCAGCGUGGUAGACGAAAUUGAUGCUCAAAUGGAAGAACUUAAAGAUGUUCAGACAGGAAUGGAAAAACUGCAGGAGAAAGUUGGUAACCUAACUGAUCUGCAAUCAUUCAUUAAGUCUACAAGCCCAAAUAUAGAAGCCUCUCCGGUGGAAGAAGUUCUAAGUGAACUGAAUAACAGACUGCUAAAUGCAAAUCAACAAAUUUCUGAUAGAAAGGGGAAACUCGAGGAGGCAUUUGUCAAAUGCGGAAAAUUCAAGGAUGCAUUACAAUCACUUCUAGAAUGGCUUGAGGAAACGCAAGAGCUCGUUGAUGGACAAAGACAGAUAAAUGCACUUGAUCCAAAUGUGUUGAAGGCACAGAUCAUGGAACAAAAGCUGCUAAUUCGUAUAUUCAAGGAUCGUGCAGCAAGUGUCACAUCGCUGCAAAAUACUGGCAAAGACUUGCUUGAAGCAAAGGACUCUGAAGAUGAAAAGAACCGAGAAAUUGAGAGUGAUCUCGACAAGGCAACAAAGCUUUGGGAUUCCCUAAACAGCUACGUGAAUUUUAGAAUGGAGCGGAUGGGCUCAGUCUUAGAAACCUCCACAGAAUUCACAAAAGAGUAUGAAAAUUCUAUCGAGCAAAUGGAUGAGUUGCAGAAUCUUGUAGAAAGUGACGAGUGGAAGCCAAGUGGAAAACCAAACGAAAUUGCAGAGCAGAUAACAAGAUUUGAGGAUGUUAGGAAAAAGUUAAAAGAUUUAGAGCCACUGAUUGACGAUACUGCGAAGCGAGCUAGUGAACUGAACGAACUGUGUGCUGUGGAGGAGAGGGAAACUGUCCGACAAAAGAUGCAAACUUUAUUUGACCGCUUUGGCUCAAUGUCAGAGAAACGAGCCACCGUAAGCAAAACAAUGAAGGAAACUCUAGAUUUGAGCAGUGGAUACCACAGAUUGCACGAAGAGAUUAAUGAAUGGUUUGGCUCAUUUGAAACGAAAUUGAAAGAGCUGAGCGAUGCAGAUGAGAACUCAGUAAGAGAGCUGCAGAAAGAAAUGGCCGCAAAGAAGAAAGACGUCGAUGAUGUUGCUGCGGUGGCAGCCAAAUUGCAAAAAGUUGUUAAUGAGGAAAAUGCGAAGGAGAUUAAGGGUAUGGUAGAUAAAGAUAAAGAGACAUAUGACAACCUAAAAGCUAUUGUUGAGCAGAAAGCAAGAGACAUGUUCUUGGCAAAGGAAAAAGUAGAUAAGUUUGACAAAGAUGUUGAAAGUCUGGCAUCAUGGCUGGUAGAGUUAUCUGAAAGAUAUCAAAAGAUUGAGCCGAUUGCUGUCGACUCUGAAAAGGUGAAAGAACAAAUUAAUGACCAUCAAAUGUUUUUAAAAGAAGUAGCCUCAAAUGAGCCAAGACUCAAAGAGGUUUUUGAUACUGGUGAAAUGCUUCUAAUGGCGUGUAACGAGGAUGAGGAGCCAGCUAUCAAAGAGAAGAUAGAUAACUUGAAAUACAGACACGAAGAAGUGAUAGGAAAGACAGGAGAACGACAAGCUCAGCUUGUAGAGGCAUUGUUGCUUUCACAGCAGUUUGCGGAUAUGUAUAAAGAAACGCAAUCUCGUCUAAAAAGAACAGAGGAGUACCUGAAAGAUAUUGGAGAAAGUCGAUCAAAGGGAAUUGAAGUACAGAAGGAAAAGCACAAAGGCCUUGAAGACGGAAUCAGUCAUCUUCGGCCCUUGAUUGUUAGUUUAAAGGCCACUGGAGAAGAUUUGAUGAAGCUUAGUGGUCCUGGACAUGGGUCGGUUAGUAUUAGGGAGAAGCUUGAUGAUAGUGAGAAGAGAUGGAAUGCUUUGCACAAAGAUGUUGAAGAUAAAGGCAUUGAAAUUGGUGAAACUGCCCAAAAAACUGAAGAAGUGCAGGUAACGCUAGACGAGCUGUUGUCACAAUUUCAGGCUUAUAAAGAAAAGUGCAAAACACUUCCAUCGAUUGCUGUUAAAGAAGAACAGAUUAAGGAACAGAUCAAUGAUCAUGAACAAUGUCAGUUUGAAAUAUCUGAGUACUUUGAACCUGUGGAGCGCAUAGAAACUGCAGUUGAAGAAAUAAGGAAACAGGACCCCGAAUCGCAAAUUGCCAAGUCAAUGGCUGGCAAAAAGAAGAAGCUGCAAAAUACAGUUGCUUUUGUGAAAGAAGCAACUGAUGCCAGGAGAAAGGCAUUAGAUGAUGGACUUACUGCUUGUCGAAAAUUUUGGCCUGGCUUAGAACAGCUCAAGAAGACGUUAAUGGACGUCCAACACAAGAUAGAAUCACAAGAUGAGCCUCAUUUCCAGCCACAAGCCAUUGAGAGGCUCCAAAAGGAACACGAUGCAUUGCGAGAUGAGCUUGACAGCAACGAAGAAGUGAUAAAUACUUUGUGUCAGGUGAGUCCUAUCCUGGUGGCGAAAGCAAGUCAGGCUGACAAACUGGAUGUGCACAAGCAGCUAUCAGAGGUAACUGACCUCUGGGAUUCCCUUGAGAGUACUUGGUCAAAGCGAAAGACCGAGCUUGAGAACAUUCGUCACUUAGCCGAGCAGUAUGAAGAAAGUGUGCAAGAGCUAGACUCGUGGUUAACCAAAUCCGAAAGAGAAUUAGAUGCCAAGUCACCCGUAGGGACAGAAGUAGGAGUUGUGAAGCAACAGUUGACUGAAAACAGAGGCUGUUAUAAAGAUCUAGUUGGACGACAAAUUGAUAUCACGCAGCUGAAUCAAAAGGCCAGUGCAUUGAUGGAUAAAAUCGACCAUGAAGACAGCGAUUCUAUUCAAGAGCAAAUUGAUGAAAUCAAAUCCAGGUGGGAGAAGCUCCAAUCAGCUAUCAACGAGCGACAGUCACUGCUUGAAGAAACUCUCUAUCGCCUUGGGCAGUUUUCUGUUGUCAUGGAAGAAAUAAUUACAUGGAUGAAGCAAACAAUCACAGUUUUGAGUAAGAAGAAGCCACCAUUGCUUAAAGAUAAGAAGAUCAUCGAAGUUGAGCUUGAGAAACUGAAGGUGAUUGGAAACGAUAUUAAUGCACACGAGUCCGCGGUCAUCAAAUGCAAGGACUCUGCCGCAGCCCUUCUGCAAUCAACAGCCAGUUCUAACGAGAAGCAAGCACUAGAAGACAAAAUUGAGAACCUUACUUCUGGUUGGGAAGAAAUAAAGACGCUCUACUCUGCAUACCAAGUUGAAUUAGAGAAUGCGUUUGAUGAGUCCCGUCUGUUUCAAGAGCAAACCAAGGACCUCUUGCAAUGGCUGUCGAAAGAGAGCGUCGAUUUGAAGAAGAAAAAACCCACUGGCGGGAAACCGGAUACAGCAAAGGAACAGCUUGAAAACCACCAAGAUUUCUUAAAAGUUCUCGAGGAGCAGACAACAAUUUACACUUAUAUUGAGGAGACAUUGACAAUCGUGAUCAAAUCGAGCGAUGUUUCCAGUUCGCGCCCAUUGGAAAUUACCUUGGGUGAACUGUCUUCAUUGUGGAAAGAGGUUAACGCAUUGUCAGAAAAGCGGUCUGUACGACUCGACAACGCUUUCAAGAUGGCCCAAAGGUUUGAUAAUCUGGUGACUGAAAUGGAAUUUUGGCUUACCAGGAUUGAAGGCUCUGUUUCAUUAUUUGAAGAUGUUAGUACCCUUUUGGAGAACAUCGAGAAGCAGAAGCUGCAGUUUAGGGAAUUUCAAGAGGAAGUAGAAGAACACCGCACUAAGUUCAAGGAGAUGCGAGAGGUUGGUCACAAAAUAACAGAAAGCUGUAGUGCAGAGGAAGUACAAGAGGUGAAUGAAGAUAUUCAGAAAAUCGAGGAAAGAUGGAAAGAACUUAAUUUGGUUGCGAAGAAAAGAAAGGAAACGAUUGAAGAGAACUAUGAAUUGUCAUCGCAGUUUUUUGAUAGCGCUGCAAAAUUAGUGACAAGUUUUGAUGAUAUUACUGUCCGUAUUAAGUCUGACCAGUCGAUUGGAAAGGAUAAAUCAAUGGUGCGUGCACAAAUAAGGAAGCACAAGGAUUCGCAGCAUAUGAUUGGAGCACUCCAAGGAAAAUUAAAUGCUGUUGUGAAAACGGGUAUGAAUCUAGUAGAGAAGAGUGACCCUGGCGAUGGAGCAGUUAUCGAGGAGAAGAUUUCUGAACUAAGGACGCAAUGGGAUGAAAUUUGUGCCCUAUCUGUUGAAAGGCAAAGACAACUGGAGGAUGCGCUGCUGUUCCAUGGACUCUUUCACGACGCUGUUCAGGCGCUUGUUGACUGGUUGAAUUCUGUCGAGCCUGGUCUCUCUACUGAGACGGCGGUCAUGGGUGACGUAGAAACUGUCAAACUUCUUAUUCAUCACCAUAAGCUAUUCCAGAGAGAACUUGGUAGUCGCCAACGUAAUUUUGAUAAAAUUAUGAAAACUGGGGAGACGAUGGUUGCUGAACGGCAUGUUGAAGAUCCCGAAUCUCUUCAGCGAGAUCUUGACGACCUGAAGUUGAGGUGGGAGGCUUUGUGUACAAUGUCUGUGACGAAGCAGGAACGGCUUAUGAACUCACUUGUUCUUGCAAAGGAAAUGCAAUCUGGCAGCCAGGCACUCAUAAGAAGAAUCAUCGAACUUGAAGACGUUUUGAAAAAGCAAGGGCCUAUUUCGGACGAAAUAGCUGUAUUGCGAAACCAAAUGGAGGAAUUUCAGGCUUUCCAGAAAGAGCUUGACAUUGAGGAGAGCAACCUGAGAGCGAUAUUGAAGAAAAGUGAAGUGAUUUUGCGAUUUUGUCAUCCCAGUUCGUUGCAAACGAUCCGAAAUCAGAUUGCAUUUUUGAAGCGAAGAUGGAAUGACGUCGCUGGGUGGGCCAGGCAAAGGGAGACAAGGCUAAAGGAGGGCUUGGAAAAGCUGCUAAUGGAGCAGAAGUUGGUUGAAUCACUUAGCAGUUGGAUCAUUGUCAAAGAAUCCGUGAUAGUUGAUCGAGAAAAAAUUCCAUUACCAGACGAUUAUGACGUUGUCCAUUCAUUAUUUGAGGAGCACAAGCUGUUACAGGAAGAAGCAACGGGAAAACAGAGCGAUUAUGACAAAGUAACGAAGCAUGCGAAAAAAAGAAUCGGCCAGGAAAGAAAGCGAGCUACCAGAGCUCCUAGCAGAGGACGUGAAGCCUCCUUUGUUAAGGAAUACUUAAAUCCAGCCGUCACCCAACUUGCUAAAAGAUGGCAGAAUCUUUGGUUGCUGUUAAUGGACAGAUUGAUAAGACUGCAAGCAAAACUGGACGAGAUUAGGAUCCAAAAGGCGUCUGCUGAAUUCAACUGGGAGGAAUGGAGAGAAAGAUUCAAGACGUGGUUGCGAGAAUCGAAAUCGAGAGUUUCAGAUUUGUGGAGAAAGAAAGAUCUUGACAGGGACAACAAACUGAAUCGUGAAGAGUUUGUGGAAGCCAUUAUUGAAACGACGUUUGUGACUGAAAGAUGGGAGAUCGAAUUGGUUUUCAAUAUGCUAGAAGUUCAUUCGUUGAUAAGUUACAAAGACUUCGUAGACAGCUUGAAAAACAAAGCACCAAAGAAGAAAGAUAAGCCGAAAACAGACGCUGAACGUGUUAGCUACGAGAUUGAAGCGGAAAUAGAAAAAUGUAUGUGCCAACGGAGAUACCAGAUUACAAAGAUAUCUGAUGGGAAGUACUAUUUCGGAGAAACACAAAAGUUGAGGUUGGUCAGGUUUAUGAGAACAAGUGUAAUGGUACGUGUUGGUGGUGGAUGGGACACGUUACAAGGUUAUUUGAUGAAAAAUGAUCCUUGCAGGGCAGAGGGAAAAACGAAUUAUGAACUGAGAGAAGCAAUGCUCGUCCCGGGGACUGGAAGCAUGCAGGCUUUUAAAUUCAAACGGCCAGGUAUUUCUCGUGAAAGUUCAGGGUUAAAGCCAAGAACGCCUUCAAGAGAACCGUCCGGAGAAAUACGAAGGUCGGGAAUUCCGAGAAGACAGAAGUCGGAUUUAGAACGUGAACAAAAGAAAAUACAUUCGUAUUCCGGAAUGGAUUAUUCCAACGUAAAGAGCAGUGGAUAUGGAUUGUCGCCGGCAGCAAAGCGAAGACCACCGUCUCAGGGAGAUGAUGGCAAACCACGGUUACGAAGAUCUGGUAGUGGGCUAUCAAGUGGCAGUAGAGACUCUCAGGAUGAUGUUGAUGCACCAAGGUUGACGCGAGAGCGCUCUGGGGAUGUGUUCUCUCGUUUGUACGGAACUGGGCGAAGGUCUUUUAAAGAAGUGAAGCCCCGAGCCCCCUCGACACCCACAGGUACUGCGAGUGUGAAGCCAAGAACUCGGCUAUCUGCUGAGAAAAAAGAGGGAGAAACAGUACCAAAACCCCCACCAAGCCCAACCACAAGACCAGCGGUUGGUGGUGUCUUUGCAAGGUUAACAUCAACAGGAACUGCAACGAAAAAAGCGAUUGCAGAGAGUGUUGCAGACAAGUCCAAGAAAACGCCGACGAGAAGGUCAUUAAGCAAGGAUCAGAAGCGAGAAGAGGGCUGGAGGUCUGUGAGGUCAAAGAAGUAACUUUCUGUUCUUUUGUUGCAAUCAUGACUUGCUUUACUUAACUUAAAUAUCAUUGGGUUUCUAAUACGUUUUUUAUAGUUUUUUUUGCAAUGCAUACUGUCUGUCCGAUAGCAUUUCAUUUAUGUGUUACCAUAUAGUGUUACCCAUUUUUUACUCGCCCUUUUGGGAAUGGCUUUUUGAACGCUUUCAUAACACUAAAGCCAUUUCCAUCAAAUGAUUGUGAUGCCAUUUGUGAAAAAACAAUUCCGACGUUUAUGAAGUUUGUAUCAUUGCCCGUUAGGGUUGAACAGCCAUUCACUCAAUUCACUAGCUUCAUACAGAAUAGAAGUAAUUUAGAGACUGCAUUUUGGAAUUCAUGUUUGUAAUUUAGUAGUUAUUAGUAAUAAAUUUGCAUUGACACCGAGCUGAAUUUGUUAGUGAUAUUUAUUAUCGUGACUGUAUUGUUUGGAACUCGCUUUUUGCAGGCGCUUUACCCAGUCUAAUCAAAUUAAGCCAUCCCGCCUCAAUCCCGCCUCAAUCUCGCCUCAAUCUCGCCUCAAUCUCGGCUCAAUCUCGCCUCAAUCUCGCCUCAAUCUCGCCAUCAGAAGCGCAUCCGCGCAAGAACAGCCGUGACAACGAUUUUCAACUGAAAGAAACUGAAAGAAAUUUAUCGAUUAGACUCGUGGUGUUGCGACUGCAUCAGCCUUUCGUGAGAGUUCUAUUGUUUGCUACAGUAAGGGUUUUUAUGGUUCUUUGGAUAAUUUGUGUUCGAAUAUAAUCUUUCCUUAUGUUUUGAAUGUUUUUUGGUAAAAAGUAUUUUAGUGUCAAUUUGUAUUAGAAAAUUUGACCAGUUUGUAGGUAAUAUCAACUAUGAAUUGAUAACGUUUUCCACGAAAUCUACCUUUAGUUAUUGAAUGAAAUGAUA